AUGGUCCGGGGCGCCCGGCCGGCGCCCGGAGGCGGCGCGGCGGGCCCGGGGCGGCCGCGGGGGUCCCCGCCCGGCGCCGAGCCCCGGGGUGAGGACGAGGCGGCCGCGGGGAGGCGCGGCGGGCGGCCGACGGCAAAGUUGAGCGCGGGCCGCCGGCGCGGAUGGUGGGCGCUGCUGGCGCUCCAGCUGCACUUGCUCCGGGCGCUGGCGCAAGAUGAUGUUGUGCCAUAUUUUAAAACGGAGCCAGGCCUACCACAGAUCCAUCUGGAAGGAAACCGCCUUGUUCUCACUUGCCUUGCUGAAGGGAGCUGGCCUUUGGAGUUCAAGUGGAUGCUCAAUGACAGUGAGCUCACCACCUACACCAGCGAAUAUAAGUAUAUUAUUCCAUCUUUACAGAGACAUGAUGCUGGUUUUUACCGCUGUGUGGUACGAAACAGAAUGGGAGCACUCUUGCAAAGAAGAUCGGAAGUUCAAGUUGCAUAUAUGGGAAAUUUCAUAGCUACAGACCAGAGGAGAACAGUUUCUCAAGGCCAUGCAGCUGUUCUCAACUUAUUGCCUAUCACCAGCUGCCCCAGACCUCAAGUGACUUGGUUCAGAGAAGGGCACAAGAUUAUUCCAAGCAACAGAAUAGCCAUCACACUGCAGAAUCAACUGGUCAUACUUGCAGCCACAGCUGGAGAUGCAGGGGCCUACUACGUGCAGGCCGUCAACGAGCGGAACGGGGAGAACAAGACCAGCCCAUACAUUUCCUUGACUGUAGCAGGAGAUGUUGGUACACCUGAAACCAUGGCACCCAUCAUUGUGAUUCCCCCAGGAAACAGCAGUGUGGUAGCUGGGUCCAGCGAGGUCACCUUGGAAUGCAUAGCCAAUGCCAGGCCUGUUGAGGAGCUGAGUGUGAGCUGGAAAAGAAAUGGAGUGAGACUCACCAGUGGGCUUCACAGCUUUGGGAGACACCUCACCAUCAACAAUCCCACAUCUUCAGACACCGGGGUGUAUGUUUGUGAGGCGACACUAAGAGGAAGCACUUUUGAGCCUGCUAGGGCGAGAGCCUUCCUCUCUAUCAUAGAGCCGCCGUAUUUUACUGCUGAACCUGAGAAUCGGAUUUUAGUUGAAGUAGAGGAAACCGUGGACAUCGUGUGCCGAGCUAUGGGGGUCCCUCUUCCUAUCCUCCGAUGGUACAAGGAUGCCGUGUCCAUCAGCAAGCUCCAGAAUCCUCGGUACAAAGUGCUCCCCAGUGGAGUCCUGCGCAUCCAGAAGCUGAGUCCAGGGGACUCUGGAAUCUUCCAGUGUUUUGCCAGUAAUGAAGGAGGGGAGAUCCAGACCUACACCUACCUGGAUGUCACCAAUGUUGCACCAACCUUCACUCAGCUUCCAGUGGACACCACAGUUACAGAUGGGAUGACAGCUGUGUUAAGGUGUGAGGUGUCUGGGGCUCCCAAACCUGCCAUCACAUGGAAGAGAGGAAACCACAUUUUGGCCAGCGGCUCCGUACGGAUUCCUAGGUUCAUGCUCCUGGAGUCUGGGGGUCUGCAGAUAGCCCCUGUCUUUGUCCAGGAUGCUGGCAACUACACCUGCUAUGCAGCCAACACAGAGGGCUCCCUGAAGGCGUCUGCAGCGCUCACUGUGUGGAAUCGAACAUCCAUUGUCGACCCUCCCGAGGACCUGGUCGUGAUUAAGGGAACCACCGCCACGCUACGCUGCACAGCCACUCAUGACCCCCGGAUUUCUCUCCGCUACAUCUGGAAGAAGGACAACGUGGCCCUCACCCCAUCUAGCAGUUCCAGAAUUGUGGUGGAGAAAGAUGGGUCCCUCCUCAUUAGCCAGACGUGGUCAGGUGACAUCGGAGACUACACCUGUGAAAUUAUCUCCCAGGGUGGGAACGACUCCAGAACAGCCCGACUGGAAGUGAUUGAACUACCUCACUCGCCUCAGAACCUCCUGGCCAGCCUGAAUUCCUCCCACAGCCACACUGUGGUGCUCUCUUGGGUUCGACCCUUUGAUGGAAACAGCCCUGUUCUUUAUUACAUUGUGGAGCUGUCUGAAAACAACUCUCCAUGGAAAGUGCAUCUGUCAGAUGUUGGCCCCGAGAUGACAGGCGUCACCGUACAUGGUCUGACCCCAGCUCGCACCUAUCAAUUCAGGGUGUGUGCCGUGAAUCAAGUGGGGAAGGGCCAGUACAGCACAGAGACAAGCAGGUUGAUGUUACCUGAAGAACCACCCAGCGCCCCCCCGAAAAAUAUAGUGGCCAGUGGACGGACAAAUCAGUCUAUCAUGGUCCAGUGGCAACCACCCCCAGAAACAGAGCACAAUGGGGUGCUACGUGGGUAUAUCCUCAGGUACCGCCUGGCCGGCCUGCCUGGAGAAUACCAGCAGAGGAACAUCACCAGCCCAGAAGUGAACUACUGCCUGGUGACAGAGCUGAUUAUCUGGACGCAGUAUGAAAUACAGGUGGCUGCUUACAACGGGGCUGGACUGGGUGUCUUCAGCAGGGCUGUGACUGAGUAUACCUUGCAAGGAGUGCCUACAGCGCCCCCACAGAAUGUACAGACGGAAGCUGUGAAUUCCACGACCAUUCAGUUCCUGUGGAAGCCUCCCCCUCAGCAGUUCAUCAAUGGCAUCAACCAGGGAUACAAGCUUCUAGCAUGGCCAGAAGAUGCCCCUGAGGUUAUCACUGUAGUCACCAUUGCUCCUGAUUUCCAUGGAGUCCACCAUGGGUUCAUAACUAACUUGAAGAAGUUUACUGCUUACUUCACAUCAGUUCUGUGUUUCACCACUCCAGGGGAUGGGCCUCCAAGCACUCCUCAGCUCAUCUGGACUCAUGAAGACAAGCCAGGAGCUGUGGGACAUCUGAGUUUCACAGAGAUUCUGGACACAUCUCUCAAGGUCAGCUGGCAGGAGCCUCUGGAGAAAAACGGCAUCAUUACAGGCUAUCAGAUUUCCUGGGAGGUGUAUGGUAAGAACGACUCUCGUCUCUCACACACUCUAAAUAGCACAACUCACGAAUACAAGAUCAAAGGACUGUCCUCUCUCACCACCUACACCAUCGACGUGGCUGCUGUUACUGCUGUGGGGCCCGGCCUGGCAACAUCAUCCACCAUUUCUUCUGGAGUGCCUCCAGAACUUCCUGGUGCCCCAUCCAAUUUGGUCAUUUCCAACAUCAGCCCUCGCUCUGCUACUCUUCAGUUCCGACCAGGCUACGAUGGGAAGACAUCCAUCUCCAGGUGGAUUGUAGAGGGGCAGGUAGGAGCCAUCGGUGAUGAAGAGGAGUGGGUCAGCCUCUACGAGGAAGAGAAUGAGCCCGAUGCCCAGACCCUGGAGAUCCCAAACCUCACACCCUACACUCACUACAGAUUUCGAAUGAGGCAGGUGAACAUCGUUGGUGCCAGUCCCUUCAGCCAGUCAUCCCGGGUCAUCCAGACGCUGCAGGCCCCUCCUGACGUGGCUCCCACCAGCAUCACUGUCAGGACCGCUAGUGAGACCAGCCUGCGGCUCCGCUGGGUGCCCCUGCCUGAUUCCCAGUACAAUGGGAACCCCGAGUCGGUGGGCUACAGGAUUAAGUACUGGCGCUUGGACCUCCAGUCUUCAGGGCUGGCCCAAGUCAUCAACGAUCGGCUGGAGAGGGAGUGCACCAUCGAGGAACUGGAGGAGUGGACGGAGUACGAGCUGCAGAUGCAAGCGUUCAACGCCAUUGGGGCCGGGCCCUGGAGCGAGGCAGUCCGGGGCCGGACGCGGGAGUCAGUUCCUUCAGCCGCACCUGAAAACGUGUCAGCUGAGGCUGUCAGCUCCACCCAAAUUUUACUGACAUGGGCUUCGGUGCCUGAACAGGAUCAAAAUGGGCUCAUACUGGGUUACAAGAUCCUGUUCCGGGCCAAAGAUCUGGACUCUGAGCUCCGAAGUCACGUCGUGCGAGGGAACCAUACGCAGUCUGCGUUGCUGGCAGGCCUGCGGAAGUUUGUGCUGUAUGAGCUCCAGGUGCUGGCCUUCACCCGCAUCGGGAAUGGGGUCCCCAGCUCGCCCCUCCUCCUAGAGCGAACCAAAGAUGACGCCCCAGGCCCACCGGUGAGGCUGGUGUUCCCCGAAGUUCGGCUCACGUCAGUGCGGAUCGUGUGGCAGCCCCCAGAAGAGCCCAACGGCAUCAUUCUGGGGUACCAGAUUGCCUACCGCCUGGCCAGCAGCAGCCCUAACACAUUCACCACUGUGGAGGUCGGUGCCACCGUGAGGCAAUUCACGGCCACUGAAUUGGCCCCAGAGUCAGCCUACAUCUUCAGGCUGUCGGCCAAAACCAGGCAGGGCUGGGGGGAGCCACUGGAAGCCACGGUCAUCACCACUGAGAAGAGAGAGCGUCCUGCACCCCCCAGAGAGCUCCUGGUACCCCAGGCAGACGUGACGGCUCGUAGUCUUCGGCUCCAGUGGGUCCCGGGCAGCGACGGGGCCUCUCCCAUCCGGUACUUCACAGUGCAGUUGCGGGAGCUUCCCGGAGGAGACUGGCAGACCUAUUCCUCGUCCGUCAGCCACGAGGCCACCGCCUGUGCCGUAGAAAGGCUGAGGCCCUUCACUUCCUACAAGCUGCGCCUGAAAGCCACCAAUGACAUCGGGGACAGCGACUUCAGCACCGAGACAGAGGCGGUGACCACGCUGCAGGAUGUUCCAGGAGAACCUCCAAGUUUCAUCUCAGUGACACCGCACACCACCUCCUCUGUUCUGAUCCAGUGGCAGCCUCCGAGGGACGAGAGCCUGAAUGGCCUUCUGCAGGGGUACAGGAUCUACUACCGGGAGCUGGAGGCUGAGGCAGCCUCAGGCAGCGAGUACAAGACCCUCCAGACACCAUCUGCAUUACGAGCAGAGCUCACAGCCCAAAGCAGCUUCAAGACUGUGAACAGCAGCUCCACAUUAACGACGUAUGAAUUAACACAUCUAAAGAAAUACCGCCGCUACGAAGUGGUGAUGACCGCCUACAACAUCAUAGGCGAGAGCCCGGCCAGCGCGCCUGUGGAGGUCUUCGUGGGCGAGGCAGCCCCGGCCAUGGCCCCGCAAAAUGUCCAGGUGAACCCGCUCACGGCCAGCCAGCUGGAGGUGACGUGGGACCCGCCGCCACCCGAGAGCCAGAACGGAAACAUCCAGGGCUACAAGAUUUAUUAUUGGGAGGCAGACAGCCAGAACGAAACGGAGAAAAUGAAAGUCCUGUUCCUGCCGGAGACCACGGUGAAGCUGAAGAACCUGAGCAGCCACACCAAGUACCUGGUCAGCAUUUCCGCCUUCAAUGCUGCCGGCGACGGGCCGAGAAGCGGCCCCAAGCAGGGGCGCACGCAUCAGGCGGCUCCUGGGACCCCAAGCUUUUUGGCAUUUUCAGAAAUAACCUCUACCACACUUAAUGUCUCAUGGGGCGAGCCGGUGGCUGCCAAUGGCGUCCUGCAGGGCUAUCGCGUGGUCUACGAGCCCUUAGCACCUGUGCAAGGGGUUAGCAAGGUGGUGACAGUGGAUGUGAAAGGGAAUUGGCAGCGCUGGCUAAAGGUGCGGGAUCUCACCAAAGGAGUGACCUAUUUCUUCCGUGUGCAAGCGCGGACCAUUACCUACGGGCCUGAGCUGCAAGCGAAUGUCACCGCCGGGCCAGCCGAGGGUUCUCCAGGCUCCCCUAGAGAUGUCCUGGUCACCAAAUCUGCCUCUGAACUGACCCUGCAGUGGACAGAGGGCAACGCCGGCCGGGCACCUACCACGGGCUACGUCAUAGAGGCCAGGCCCUCAGAUGAAGGUCUGUGGGACAUGUUCGUGAAGGACAUUCCCCGGAGUGCUACAUCCUACACCCUCAGUCUGGAUAAGCUCCGGCAAGGAGUGACUUACGAGUUCCGGGUGGUGGCUGUGAAUGAGGUGGGCUUUGGGGAGCCCAGCAGCCCCUCCACAGCUGUGUCAGCUCAAGUGGAAACCCCCUUCUACGAGGAAUGGUGGUUCCUCCUGGUGCUGGCUCUGUCCAGCCUGAUCCUCCUCCUGCUGGCGGUGUUUGCCCUGGUCUUGCACGGGCAGAAUAAGAGGUACAAGAACUGCGGCACAGGGAAGAGCAUCUCCAACAUGGAGGAGUCCGUGACACUGGAUAAUGGAGGAUUCGCUGCCUUAGAACUCAACAGCCGCCACCUCAAUGUCAAGAACACCUUCUCAAAAAAGAACGGGACCAGGUCCCCACCACGGCCGAGCCCUGGCGGGCUGCACUACUCAGACGAGGACAUCCACCACAAGUACAACGGCACAGCACUGAGUGAAAGUGGGAAUCUCAAGGAGAAGUCGGUGGAUGCUUCAGAAUCGGAGGCCACCGACUCGGAGUACGAGGACGCGCCCCCGCAGCACUCCUUCGUCAACCACUACAUGAGCGACCCCACCUACUACAACUCGUGGAAGCGCCGCACCCCGCACCGGUACGAGGCGGUGGCGGGCGGAGAGGCGGGGCCGCACCUGCACACCGUGGUGACCACGCAGAGCGCCGUGUUCGCGCCCCCCGGCCCCGGCACCCGGACUCCCCUCACCGGCUUCUCCUCCUUCGUGUGAGCCCGGCCGCCCGGGGGGAGGAGGCGAACUCUGGAGUCUAUUUUUGUUAAGACAAUCAACUCCACUAACGGAGCCCGAGUUUUUGUUUAAAAACAAAUUCUGAUACGUGCUGAUUUUACCUACUUGUGAACACUAGAUUUCAAUCCAGAAGGUUUUUUUAACGGCUUUUUGUACCAUCGCUGCAGGAAGCGGGUUUCUUUCUUUUUUCUUUUCUUUUUACGAGAAGGUGUAUUUCACUGGUGCAAUGGCUUGGCACCCCGGACUUCGGAAGACCUCAGACCUCCCAGUCCUGGGCUGCUUCAUCCCGGGGGCCCAGCGAGGAAGAUGGAGGGGGAGCGGGGAGACCCCCCUCCCGCAGGCAGGCCCUCCUCCCUCCUCCCUCGGCCUCCUCUGCCUCCGGCCCGGCGCACCGACUCCAUCCUGCAGGGCCAAGGGCUCCAGGCUCAGGCGUGGGGUUUGAUGAACGAAUGUUUGACCUGGGCUCAGUGCUUCCUGACCCACUGCAUCCAUUUCUGGAAUGUUCUGUCAGCAGUUUCUAGGCGAGGGAAUCAGCUGUGAGGUUUCUAGCAACCAGCGGGGACCAAGGGGCAUCUCCUGACGCUGGGAUGGCUCAGCGGCCCGGUGUGUCCUUCCAAUGCUGAAAUAUUCGGGACGUUUUUCUUUCUUUCUUUCAAUCCAGUAGUGCAGGACAGGAGACCUCCCCUGCGGCGGAAGCCAUCACAGCGGCCCUUAGCGAGCUCGCUCCUGUCCUGAGCACGCCGUGCAGCCCAAACGCUGCCGGAGAGGAAACAGAGUGGCGUUUGCAGAGUCGCUGGUGGUGUACGGAGUGUGCAUUGUUAACCAGAGUAUUUUUUAAAUCUUUUUAUCUUUUUUUAAAAGAUGUCACAUGAAAUGAAUGAGUCUUUGCUGUCUCCAGGUGCCUUUUUAUUAAUUAUUUAGCUUUGUACAUGAGAAAAGCGACAGUGUCUCCAAAUAAAGCAAAGCAGCUCUGAGAACACGAGGUCCUAGUCGCGCGCCCCCCAGGUCCUCCUGUGUGAGGAACUGGCCUCCACCCCAGUCCGGUCUUAGGUCUGCUUGUCUGCCUCCCGCUGCUUCUUGAACCCCCAGUGCUGCUGUCCCUGCCCCCCUCAGAGGCCAGCUUUUAGCCUUAACAGGUUUUCUGGAAGCUUUUUUCCUUUAAUUGUUAGGGUUUUGUUUUCAUUUUUAGCAAAAGGAAAAUAGCAUGAAAUAAUUUGAAAAGUUUAAAGUCCAAACUAGCUCUCCUCCAGCCCAUCCCAUUAUUAUUGCAACAGAGGUCUGGGGUGGCUGGGGUGUGGGUGGUCAGUCCCCCAGCUCAGAGCCCAGGUCUAGAGGUCACAGAAGUGCUGUUAGUGCGGCACCCUGCGAGCCCCCACAUCCCUCUGGCCAGCCAGAGUGUAGCCAAGCAAGACACACACCCACUCUACCUACAUCCCCCAAGCGCAGGGGAGCAAGGCAGGAUACAGGGGGGGUCCUCCCAGGUGAUCAGUGCCUAAAGAUGGGGUACGGUGGGGCCCAGCGGUGUUGAGGCCACUAGUAGAGCACAUGGUCUGUGCGUGGCCCUCUCCCUGCACCUCCAGGGUGGAGGGGUGACUUGACCCUCUGCCUUCACAGUUGCUGGAUGUGGCCCCAGGAGACCAAGGAGAGUUUUGUGUUGGAUGGAAAAUCUCUGCAGUUUUUUUCAAAAAUAAAGAGUGUGGAAAGUCUCCUUUCUUUCUCUCUCCCCUGCCCUCCCUCCUUCCACGCCUUCUGUCCUGCUCUUUCUGAGUGGAGGGGAAUAUAUUCUAAACCAAAAAUCUUAGAUGCUCUGCCCAAAGCCACUUUCGCAUGAGAAUUUCUCCACCCACCCACCCCCUAAUGUCCCGACCACUGCACAGGACCCACCUGGGGGACCCACCUCCUUCCCCUCAGCCCCAAAGUGGACAGGAAACCGCGUCGCUGCAGCGGGAACUCCUGGAAGACAAGCGAUCGGUGGAAACGUGGACAGACACUGCCUUCCGUGCACUUUGACUGCCUCCUAAGCCAUACGGACAUUGCUUUAACUAAUGGGGAAAUGCUGGACCAUCCUAGGAUGCGGACAGUUCGGUUUGAGGUGUGUUUUUGCUUUUGGGUUUUUGUGACAACAACAUGACACCUUUUUAUUCAGGCUCAUAUUUCCUGUGUUCUCUCUACUUUCAGUAAACUUUUUGGUAUGGCAUUGUCUGUACGAGGUUGCACUGGCACUGGCUGCUGAUGGACUGUUAACAUUCUCACCCCGUCCUGUCGCCGCGGCCCCUGGCCCAAGAGAGCCGCCUCCUUCCCAGAGCGCUGUGGGCUUUGGCAAGUGUCCACCCCCCGCCUUUCAUCUUUAGGGAGGGAAAACAAGUCACAAUAGGAGAAUGGACACUGGAUUUUAAUCUCAGUUCUGGAAUAAAGGACAAGCCACCUUUCCUUUACCAAGGCCAAGGGAAAUGUCCUCUCUUCGCCUGCUUCUGGAGCGUGGCAUUUAGGUGCCUCACAGUGAACAGCAGCCGCGUCCUCCCUGGAAGACCUUCAUCCGUCUCGUCUCGGAGAGUGUGGGGUGAGCUGCCCUUCCAGGCGAGGGGUGCAGAGAAGCAGCAGGAGGCGCCAGGCUCUCUGUCUGAGCUGCAGGGGUGGUGUGCAGGUCUCAGCUCGCCAUGAGGGCCCCCAGGGCACAAGUCUCCAGAGAAGUGAGCCCUCAGGGCAGAGCUGUGGGUGUCCCUGUGCCCCCUGUGGGCUUUAUGCACAUCGCCUUGCCCCCCCCCCCGCCCCC